AUGGGAUCUCAUGAGAAAAUGAAAACUGAUUCUGGUUUUCUUUUGUUUGUUUAUAAUGCAUUCGUUAUAUUUAACUUUGUUGGAAGGACAUGCAUUUAUCGCAAGAAAACUCGGCGCGGAUCUUCAGCAUUCAUGGAAAAGGAGAUACCUUUUAUAGGAAUAUUAAGCAAUAAGGCUGAACAAAAUCCAGAUGUGUGUCAUACCACUUGUGUUUGUUCGAACAGGUUAAAUUCUCCAACCACAUUUGAAAUGCCACUGGAGGUUUUGGGCCAUGAAUUGCAGUUUACUCAGGAUCCCAAUUCAAAGCACUUAGGAACAAAAGUGUGGGAUUCAUCACUUGUUUUUGCCAAAUUUCUUGAACGGAAUUGCAGAAAGGGAAGGUUUUCUCCAGCUAAACUUAAAGGAAAACGUGUAAUUGAACUUGGAGCUGGCUAUGGUGUUUCUGGUUUUGGUAAUGUUACAAAUGAUUUUUAAUGUUUGGUUAGCCUAUUAAUUAACUCGUCCUAUAUGGACUCCCUUAUUGAAAAUGUUAUGUAAGUAACUAAUAAGUUUUUAAUCAGCUGCAAUAAUUACAAUAAAAACUAAGAGAAAAAAUGCUAAAAAAAAUAAAGAUUUUCUUUAAUAGAUAAUUAAAUACUUAUUUAAGAGAAUGUAUUAUUUUAUUUUUAUUAAUUUUUAACAUAAAUUAUAUAUUAUUUUAUUCUUUUCACACAAAAACCUCUUCAUCAUAGAAUUAUCUAACAUUUUAUACUUUUCAAGUGUCCCAUUUGCUUCUUUUUAGCUGUGUAAGCAAUGACAUGAAGGAUUAAAACAAUUAUUAGCUGUUGGUUGGAUUCAAAUUUUGUAACAAAGAAUGUGAACUCUUCAAAAUGUGUAGAACUACUUGCGCAAAUAAAGCAAGCAUUGGCGAGCUAAUUGUUCA